UAUCCAGAAAACAGAAUGCCUCAAAUCACAGAGCACCUGGUGGAUGUGCUAAACAUCAGAUCUGCAUCAACCAAAGAGGUUCAAGAAUUGGUUGCCAAAAAGGAGGGGAAAAUGUUGAUGACCCAAGACAUUAAAAAUUUGAGAAAUAAAUACUGUAAUUAUGCAGGAGGUGAAGAGGCAGAAAAUGUCGAUAAAGUGUUGCGAAAGGUGCAGGCUGAGGGCGGUGUCAUUAAAUAUGGAACCAGUGAGAGUGGAGAUUUUAAAUUUCUAUCAUUCAUAACAGCAAAUAUGCUUGAUUCCCUCAAUCAAUUUCCUGAAAUACUUAUUAUGGAUGUCACGUACAAAGUGAAUAAACAAAACUACCCCCUCCUCAACAUCCUAGUUGUCGAUAGUAAUGGCCAAGGCAGACCAGUGUUUCAUUCUUUUCUUGCGUCGGAAGACUCCACUAUCCUAUCUUCUUGUCUUUUGUUUUUUGCAAGUUCCUUUGAUUCUCAGCGCACCAAAACCAUAUUUGUUGACAAGGACAUGGCAGAAAUCUGUGCCAUCAAAUCAUCACUUCCGUUUGUUAAUAUUCGACUUUGUGCUUUCCACACGACGACUGCCGUUAAGAAGGCUUUACAACAGAAAAAGCUGUCCUCUUCUCAAAUAUCUUGUCUCAUUGAUCUGUUCAUAGAACAGAGAUCCUGCAUGGACAUGUCAAAAUACAAUGCCCUCAAAGACAAGAUUUCUGAAAUCUCACCUCCUGAUGUUUUAUCCUACUUUGUUUGUAACUGGUGGAACUGUCCCCAACUCUGGGCUGCUUCUUUCCUGGAGUCUCCAACAUUUCACAUAACAACGACAAAUCAUGUCGAAACAUUCCAUCAGAAAAUUAAGAGAGUUCUGUCCACGAAAACUCCACUGAGCAUCUCCAUCACCGAACUCCUCAGUGUUACAAAAUACACAAUGCAAUCCAGAGAUGCAUCUGCUUCCAUACAGGCAAUGUCAUUGAAGUACAAUACAAGGCAUAAUUCUGACACUAUUAAUACAAUACAGAAUGACCUCACUCCUUUUGCAGCCAAACUUGUUUCAGAACAG